AUGGCUUCUCCACAAGCAGCGCCCUCUGCUUCGAAACGCGCGCCCUGCGCCCGAGCGUCCGCUCCCAUUGAACCCUUCAACCCCCCGAACAACAGCUGCAGCAGCUUCGGAGACCUGCCGCCAUGCAUGCAGCAGCGCAUCUUCUCGCUCCUCCCAACGGACGCGGCCGACAUUCUGCGCGCGUCGGGCGUCUGCCGCGCGUGGGCCGCGGCCGCGGACGACGCGCUCGCGGCCGCGCCGCGCGUCGGCUUCGCCGUCGCGAUCUGGGGCCGCCGCUCGCUGCUCUCGUGGCUGUCCUCUCUCAGCACCGUGCUCAACAAGUGCGCGCGCCUACGCGACCUCGAGGUUUCGCUCGCGUGCGCGCUCCCCGAGCCGCUCGAACCGGUCGGGAUCGAGGUUUUGCUGGAGGGGUUUCUGCGCCAGCUGGCAACACUGUCCGUCGUCAAAACCCGCCUGGAAGGGUUUGCGCUCAGCCUGUCGGGCGACCUCGCGCAGCCGACGCGCGGGCUCGACUUCGUCCUCGCGGCCGCGGCGCUCAAGCGGUUAGCGCUAACCAACGUGGUCAUCCCCGCGCACGGGCUAAACCUCCGGCGCACCGACCGCUGCGCGGCGUCGCUGGGCGCCCUCGCGCUCACGGGCGUCGAGAUCGCGGCCGACGACCUGUGCGCGCUCGUCGCGUACCUGCGGGGUUUGGAGGUUUUGGAGCUGUGCGGCACGGGCGCCGCGGACCUGCACGUGGCGUCUGAGGGUUUGAGGGUUUUGCGCGUGUCGAACCACGCCGUGGGCGUGCUGGACCUGAAGACGCCCAAGCUGGAGGAUCUGCGAGUGGAGAAGGGGCGGGCGAACAUGGGCUUCACCCUGUGCACCGAGGGCAAGUCCAAGAUUCGGCGGCUGAGCAUCACGCUGCAGGGCCUGGGGUACCUGCGCAUCUUCGGCGAGCUGCGCGAGGUGGAGGCCGUGACGCUGUCCGCCAACUGCUGGGACUGGACCGGCAACAUCGCGUCCGUCCUGCAGAACAGCCCCCGCCUGCUCCACCUCGCCCUCGAGGCCGCGCGCGACACCCCCCCCGACUACCCCGACAUCGGCAACAUGCUCGCGCGCAUGACCACCGCCGCGGAACCGCUCGACCUCUUCUCCUUCCCCGGUCGCUUCCCCCGGCUCGUCUCCCUCACCCUCCCGCUGGGCAUGACGGAGCAAAUGGUGCUCGGGGCGCGCGUUUCCGGCGACCAAUCGCCACAGUUCGCCGCGCUGGAGUCGCUGGAAGUCGCUAUCUGGCAGCCCAGCGCGGCGCAUCUGCGGUGGCUGGAGGGCCUCGUCGAGGCGGCGCCCCGCCUGAAACGCGUUGCGAUUGCGAUCGUGGCCAAGUGGGACAAGGCCCUGCUGCACUUCAGUCUGCGCCAGUGUAGCGCGAAAGCGUGCAUCGAGUAUCUGGACGAUACCGGAGAGAAUCUGUACACGUUCUUUCACGGACUGUGCGCGCUGCAGAAGCGGAGCCCGGGCGUCGACAUCGCGUGGGAGAAGAUCGAGUAG